AUGUCGUGGGAGAGAUUGAUACGGUUCCAAGAUGAGUCAGGCCAGCAACGCUUCGGCGAGCCUGUUAUCAAAGACGCAGACGAGUUGGAGACGUUGCUAGCCAAAGGCGAAUUGUUUGCCAAUGAGUUCAAAGGCAGCGGUCCAUUCGACCUAGAAGCUACAGGGCAGAGGAUGAAAGUCGUGAAGCUGUUGGGAAUCCUGGAGUCGGCAGAUGUGCCCAUCGUCAAGUGUGUGGGCUUGAACUACAUGAAGCACAUCCAGGAAGCAGGUCGAAAACCACCGCCAUACCCAUCGAUCUUUAUUAAGUCUAGGACUUCGAUUGCCAGCCACGAUGAGGACAUCCCGAUCCCCAAACUGGCACAGGAUGAGCAAUGCGACUACGAAGGCGAACUUAGCAUUGUGAUCGGCAAGACGGGAAAGAACAUUGCCAAGGCAGAUGUGCUCUCUCACAUUGCCGGCUACGUGGCCUCCAACGACGUGUCAGCCCGCAAGUGGCAACGAGACCCCGCAUACGCCGGCGGCGUGCCUCAAUUCUGCUUCAGCAAGGGAUUUGACAAGUACGCGCCUGUAGGCCCGAUGAUCGUGUCUCCGAAAGUGGUUGGCAAUGGGAGCGGCUUGCGGCUCCAGACCUUUGUCAAUGGGGAGUCGAGACAGGACACCCGCACGGACGAUCUGAUCUUCGACGUCGAAGAGAUUGUCGCGUUUAUCAGCCAGGGCUCGACACUGGAGAAGGGCACGGUCAUAAUGACGGGUACGCCCUCAGGUGUCGCUAUGGGUAUGUCUCCGCCGGCGUACUUGAAGCAUGGUGAUGUUGUGGAGGUCAAGAUCGAGCAUCUUGGUAGUGUUAAGAAUAAGAUGGUGUUCGAGUAG